GGACCCCCAGGAAACGGAAAUCAGCUACCCUCUCCACACAUUCAUAUAUCCACAACCUGUGCUGCUGCUGUGAGUGACUAGCAGUUAAUUUGAUGUCACUUUAUUAUAAGACUUAAAAUGAGUGAUAUCAGCAAGUUUAUUUUGAAUUAAAGCAUUUCUGUCCUUAAAAUUUUCUGGCUAAAGCAGGUUAACAUUAUAGAAUAAGACACAUUAUAUCCAUUAUAUCAAAUUUGAUAAAAUGCCACUGCAACCUACCACUCAUAUGGACGCACGCUCUAACGAAAUCACAAAACCACCCUCAAACACUACGUCCACUGACCUGCACGGCUUCUCAAACAAUGUUUUGGUAUAUGAAAAAGAAAUACCACCCACAAACGGCCGCGCCACCUGGUUGUUAAGCUAGGAACUACAACAUGGCCUUCAGAAUAGCCGCCCCCAAACUUGCAGUUUGCAGUUUAAAGCUCACAGUCAGAUAAGGCGGCUCACUGGUCGUGUGUACAUGUGGUCUUUCACCUUGAUCUCUGCGGACCUGAUCAAGCCAUCAGUUCCCGGGAAUACUCUGCUGAUCUCUCCAAUAGGCCAUGAGGCUCUGGGGAGUUGGGGAUCCACUAUCAUCACCACAGUACCCAACUGGAUAGGAGAAGUGUCCUUUUGCCACUUCGACCGAAUCUGUAAUGUAGGCAGGUAGUGACGUAUGAACUGUGUCCAGAAGCGAUCUGAUAACACUUGACAGGUCCUCCAAUGUCGCUGUCCAAUGAGCUCUGAGUCAUGGUAUAACACUUGGGGUAGCAACAAAUGUCAUCAGCAACAAAUUUGGGGUAAUGGGGUCUGAGUCGGCUAGAUCUGAUGAUACAUACUCCAAAGGUUUCGAGUUGAGCAUUCCCUCAAUCUCGAUCAGCACUGUUUGCGGGAUUUCUUCUAGUACAACCUGCGAGCCUAUUGUGGAUUUCAGGGCUGCUUUUAUGGAUCUGAUUUCCCGCUCCCAGGAUCCUCCAAAGUGGGGAGCACUGGGAGGAUUAAAUCGAAACGUGAUUUGAUGUUCUGCUAAUUGGGAUUAUAAGGAGGGGUGUAGAGCAUUAAAGGAUUCCUGCAGCUCUUUCUCUCUUCCGCGAAAAUUAGUUCCUUGGUCGCAGAGUAUCUCAGUUGGUUUACCAUGAUGAAAGACAAAUCUUCUUAAUGCCAUGAGAAAUGAGUCAGAACUGAGGAUAGACAGCACCUCAAUAUGAAUGGCACGAGUUGUCAAGCAUUUGAAGAGCAGGUCCCAGCGUUUUUCAAUUCGCCGACCAACGUUCACUUGCUUUGGACCAAAACAGUCGAUUCGUGUUGAAAAGAAGGCUGGCUGGUUCAGUCGAAGGCAUGCAAUGGGAAGGUCUGCCACCUUUGGAUUGACAGGUUGAGCUCUCCAUUUCUGGCACUCGGGGCAACAGCACUGUUCACUCCUUAUGGCUUCACGGCUCCUAAGAAUCCAGUAUUUCCUUCUCAACUCGGCAAACAAUCCCUCUGCUCCUGGGUGCUUUAAAUCUCUGUCAGCCUGUCGAAUGAGUAGUUUAGUGACAGUAUGUUUUGGGUCCAAGACUACUGGAUGAGUCAUAGCAGGUUCAAAAUCAUUGCAACGUCUAAGUCUGCCACCUACUCUGAUGAGUUGGAGUGACUUGUCAUAUUCUGGAGCCAGGGUGACUAAACGACUGGACGGUGGACGGUGGUUCCCGGUGGUCAACCACUGGAUCUCAUCUGGGAGACUGUCUCUUUGAGCAGAUUUCAGGAGAGUAAGUUCAGCCUCUUUGUAGUUCUCUGCUGUGAGGUUGUCACCAGUUGACCCCUGAAGGCAUUUGGCAGUUUCCUUUAAGAGGUCAUUAAAACUGGUAAAUUUCUGUGCAUCUGGGAGCAGACAGGGUUCAGAGGUUACAACCAAGCAAGUUGCUGAUCUACGCUGCUCCUCAGCAAAGUUGGUGCAUGGUGUAAUUGGAUGCUCCGGCCACUGGCCCUGCGGUAGCUGCAGAAAUGAUGGUCCACAUGCCCACUGGGACUGGGAUGUGAGGUCUCGCAGUCUUUUGCCCCUAGUUAGAUCAUCUGCGGGGUUGUCAGAUGUUGUCACAUACUGCCAAGCCCAGCUAUCUGUCAGUUCUUGGAUUUCAGCUAUUCGAGUUCCUACGAAUACCUUGAAGUGGCAGGAAUCUGACUGAAUCCAUGUUAGGACGGUGGUGGAAUCCGUCCCCAACACCACUUUGGAUAAUGGUAGGGUGAGCUUUUUGAACAGAAGAGUUGAAACUUUAUCUGCAUCAGCUGCUGCUUUUUACAAAUAUAUUUACACUGAACAGCUAUGGUAAAGUCUUAUUUGUGGUCCAUUCACUGAUAAAAAAAAAAAAAACAUGAGAUUAUUGUUUUCAGGCUAUCAGGUUACCAGCAGGCUAAGUCAGUUGUGAAAUCUUCUAGUUCCCUACACUAGCAGAUUUCCAGCAAGUGAAACUUCCUCUUUAUAGGGAGGGAAGUUACAAUCCUGCUUUGUAAAACAAUAUUAUGUCAUCUAUCUCCAUUUAUGUGUUUCUGUCAUGUCAUUUUGAUAUUCCUGUCAUUUUUCUCCAGAUGCGUUUUAACUGCAGAUGGGGCCUUAAAGUGAUUCCAUUUCUUGCUUUGUUGCUAAUUGUCCUCUAUUACUUCCGGAGCCCUUCAAACACCUUAGGAGUCAAUAUACAACCAAGACAAGGCAGUCGAAUCCAAAAACUGCUCAUUGAGAAAAGUCAAAGCAUCAUAACAGAUUAUUCUGACAUUCCCUACAAGAUCAAAGAAAAUGUGGCAAGUCAUUUGCCUCAGAACGCAUGUGUGUGCCAGGCCGGAGAGGAAACCUUUCACUUACCAUUCUCCAAUCUACUCUUCCCUCGUGUUUGGGCUCACAACCUCCAGCAGGCGUUCUUAGAAGUACAAUCUGAUCCUGAGAGUGUACAGCAACAGAGAGCAGAGGAGUACCACCAGUUUUUGAGAAGGUCCCAUACUGCAGCAGAUAUGCUCAUCAUUGCCGAGGCUGACAAUCCUCUUCAGUAUCCGACCCAAGGUGUGAAGGUGCAACCCCUCAAAACAAUCAUCAUCCCAGGUCUGGGUCUAAGGCUGGAAGGCAGAAACAGCUAUAUGGUAAAUUUGACAGCGACAAUGGGGACUUUUGACGUUGCUGCCACAGUGGACGGGGUCUCUGUAAAAGGAAUGGGUGAAAAGCACAUUUCACUGUUGAGUCCAGCUCUCUAUGUUCUGAACAGGCAGCUCCAGUUUGUCACAUAUACCAACACCAUAUUUCAUCCGAUGACAUCAGACCUAGUUCAGUUUGUGACUGAAGGCCACGAGUCAUUUUUCACCAUCAAGGUUGGACACAGAGUCGUUCCGAAACUUUACAACUCUGGACAAAGUAAAGGGUACAACAUUACCUCUCUGGUUACCAUCGCUACCAAGACCUUUUUGCGCUACGACAAGCUCAAAGAUCUCAUCGCCAGCAUAAGGGAGUUUUAUCCCACCAUCCUCAUAAUUAUAGCGGAUGAUAACGAACACACCCAACCAGUGACCGGCCCUCAUAUUGAGCAAUACAUUAUGCCAUUUGGAAAGGGUUGGUUUGCAGGAAGAAAUCUGGCAGUGUCUCAAGUGAUCACCAAGUAUGUGCUCUGGGUGGACGACGAUUUUAUCUUUACUGCAAACACCAAGCUGGAAAAGAUGGUGGACAUCCUGGAGAAAACCACACUGGAUCUGGUUGGUGGUGCAGUGAGAGAGUUUACUGGUUACACUGCCACAUACCGUCACACCAUUUCAGUGGAAGAAGGCGGAAAUGAAGGCGACUGUUUAAAUAUGAGGAACGGAUUCCACCAUGCUGUUGAGGGAUUUCCCAACUGUGUAGUAGCAGACGCCGUCAUCAACUUCUUCAUGGCUCGAACCGACAAAGUUCGGCAAGUUGGCUUUGACCCGCGCCUGUCAAGAACAGGCCAUCUAGAGUUUUUUGUAGAUGCUCUGGGCACCAUGCACAUCGGCUCCUGCAGUGACGUCAUCAUUAACCAUGCGUCAAAGAUCAAGCUGCCAUGGACUAAAACAGAAACACAGAAGGCCUAUGAACAGUUUCGAUACUCUUCUAGAAAUACGGGUAUUAACCAUAAUGAGAUCUUUUACUUUAAGAAUAGAUUCAAGUGCAUGACCAGUCAAUAAAAAUACACUUACACUGGUUUCGUGAAAACAAAUAGUUGUUGCUCUUGGUUAAGAGAUAUUUUGUUUUUUCUGCUGACAACCAGAUUUUUUUACUUUUUUUUAUUUUAUUUUUUUAAACCACCUGUUGUGAUGUUAACAAUUCUGCAGGUUCUUGUUGUUUGAAACAAUCCUCAUUUUUUGCAAUUUGUUUACUGUUUUCACAUGUUUUCUUUUGAAGUUUACAUUUGAAUUUGUAAGGUACAAUGUUGAUGCUAAUUGCACUGAGCUAAUAAUUUGAAUUUCAGAUCAGUUUUAACUUUGUGUUGCUAAUAUGUAUUUUUGUGUGUAAAUGGGCUAUUAUAAGUUGUCAUGAUGCAUUGAUCCUCCAGAGGAGGGAAUAUAUUUAAUUUGUACACAAAAAAAAUGGAAAAAGAAAAUGCUAAACUUGUUGUCUUUAUGUUAACUCAAGUUACAAAUUUUGUUAUAGUGUCUAUACAGGUUGCAACAAUAAUGAACAGUUCUUGUGACACAUUUAUAAUAGCACAAGUAGUUUUUAGUCUACUUCCUCAUUUAACUAAUUAUUAAUUAAUGACCUUUGGUUUCCCAGGAUGUAUGUAAAACGUCCCGGGAUGCAUGUAAAACAUCCCGGGUUUUACAUACAUCCUGGGAAACCAAAGGUCACCCGGGACCACACCGGGACGGGUAUGUAAAAUGAGCACAUUUUCUUUUUCUAUUUUUAUUUUACAUGCUUAAGUUUCACUACACUUAAGCGUGUAGUGACACGCUUAAGUCAGAAGUCAGGUAACACUCUGUUAUCAUACAUAAAUAAUAAAUUCCAGAAAAUGUCACAAAAGUCCACAUUGGACUCUUAUUCCCAAUUCAUCAAGUUAUUUGUUUUCUUACAUCAUGUAAAAAUGUCAGAUUUCCAAAUGUUUUUAUUAUGUUAGAUCCCAGCCCUGGUCUUCAAGGGACACCGCCCUGCAGGUUUUAAAUGUCUCCCUGCUUCAACCGCACAUGAUUUCAAUUGAUGACUGGUUAACAGGCUUUUGCUGAACUUCAGUCAUUUGAACCAAGUAUCUUAAAUGAGGGAAACAUCUAAAAAAUAUAUAGGCAGUGUGCCGUGAGGACACUGCCCUAUAUUAGAUUUCCAGAUGAAAACAUUUGAAAAUCUGACAGUAAAUGAAUGUAAAAUGUAAAAUUUGAUAAACACUCGUAUUUAAAAGUCAAGUGACGAAGAAAAGAAAUUAAUUACAAUGUUUCACCACCAGAGGGAAACAAAAGAUCAGGUAAAAUGUCUUUGCAGUAUAUUUAAACAAAUCAUUUGUAAGUAAUUAAUUAUCGGAUGGAGGAACAUUUAAGAAAUAUUAACACGUGUUCAUUAUAUUUCAUUAUUUUAGCUUCCUUUUUGUCACUUUGUGGUGGAAAACAUUGGCUGCAAUUCUAAUAUUUUAAUUUCUCCCGUCAUAUGCGGGGAUUUGGUCAUUUUAAGAAUAUAUAUACUGUAUAUAGAUGUUGUUGCACUAUUGCCUGUGAGAGUUUACUAAAAUGACAACUCAAUCUUCAUUCUCUAAGUCUGAGAUUUGUUGAGGAUUUUGCAGGGUUAUUUUGAAAAAUUCCCCUCCAUGUGUGUUCACGUCUUACUGUAGAAUCUGGCUUAAUAAACAUUUGGCCAGAUACUCGUUCAUCAUGUCCUAAUUGAAGUGGACUACUUCCUGCCAAUUAGUGAAAUACUCCUUGAGCUUUAAAGGGAAAACCCCAGCGGGUACAGUGUCAGGAGGAUUACUUAAAAUAUGCCGAGAGAAAAAAAAAGAGGAAAUGUGAUCAACUUGGUUAUCAAACACCCAACAAGGACAUAAUUAUUUAUUUGCUUUAUUUUUACCGUGGUUUUGAACUCAAAAUUGGAUGUAGUUUUAUCAGGCCAAGGCAUCAGGUAUAAGACGGGUUGUGAAAGUAUCAGAUGUUGGUCAGCAGAGGGCAGCAACGUGGCAAGAAAGAGGCAGUUUCCAUCAUGGAAGGUUUUGAAAUGAAUUGACCAACUUUUAAGAAAACAAUAGUUGGAAGGAAAUAUGAUUCUUGUGAAUCAUUUUACACUGUAUCUUUAAUCGCACUGAACCAACUCUGUGGAUGUAAUUACUCUGUUUUUGUCUUUGUCAGACAGUAAACAACUCUCCUGUCA